AUGGAUGUUUGCAUCAUAGGUAUUUGGGGCAUUGGAGGUAUUGGCAAGACCACCCUUGCUAGCAUUAUGUUUCAAAAAUAUGCAUACUCUCAUUUCGAUGAUCAUUGCUUUCUUAAGGAUAUUCUGGAAGGAGCUGAUGCAUAUCAUUUGAGAAAUGAACUUCUUUCUCAGUUAGUAAUGAUAAAAAUGUUAGUCAUUGUUACAACAAGAGACGUGCAACUGCUUAGGAAAGUAGGCGCUAAAACUUUCGAGUUGAAGGGGUUAUCUGACUUUGAUGCUCUCAAGCUCUUCUGUUUCCACUCUUUUGGACAACAUUUACCUGCAACAGGUUAUGAGUCUUUAUCAAAAGGAAUUGCAGAUUAUGCCAGGAGCAAUCCAUUAGCUCUUGAAGUCUUGGGUUUUUCCCUUAAUUCCAAAAGCGUUAAAGAAUGGGAAAGUGCAUCGAAUAAACUGAAAACAUAUCUGAAUCCUGACAUUCAAAAUGUGUUGAGAAUAAGUUCAGAUAAAUUAGGUGACAAAGGCAUCCAGGAUAUAUUUGUUGAUACGGCAUGCUUCUCUACUGGUGAAAUGCUUAGGGAAUAUUUAGAAAGCAUACUAAAUUGCACUGAGCAUUUUGAUGCAGCAAAAGGAAUAAGUGCUCUCGUUGAUAAAUCCUUACAAAUUGAAUGGCAAUAUCCUUCAAGAGGAGCAUUUUUGGAAAAGCAUGACUUACUACAACAAAUGGGCCACAGGAUUGUUUGUGAUGAAAAUAAAGAUUUAGGAAUUCGUAAUAGACUCUGGAAAGCUAAGGAUGUCAGCCAGUGGCAAUAUCCUUCAAUAGCAGCUAAGGAUGUCAGACAAUGGCAAUGUCCUUCAAUAGGAGCAUUUUUGGAAAAGCAUGGCUUACCACUACAAACGGGAAAGGGGAUUGUUUGUGAUGAAAACAAAGAUUUAGGAAACCAUAAUAGACUGCGGAAAGCUAAGGAUGUCAGCCAACGGCAAUAUCCUUCAAGAGGAGCAUUUAAAGAAAAGCAUGGCUUACUACCACAAACCAAAGAGUCAGGAAAACGUAAUAGACUGUUGAAAGCUAAGGAUGUCAGCCAAUGGCAAUAUCCUUCAGUAGGAGCAUUUUUGGAAAAGCAUGGCUUACCACUACAAACGGCCCAGGGGAUUGUUUGUGAUGAAAACAAAGAUUUAGGAAAUCGUAAUAGACUGUGGAAAGUUAAUGAUGUCUGCCGUGUGUUGGAAAGAAAUACAGGAACAUCUACAAUUGAAGGCAUAUCAUUGAAUUUGGGAGACCUUGAAAAGGACAUAAAAUUGAGCCCUACAGCAUUCUCAAAGAUGUACAAUCUAAAAUUUCUUAAAAUAAUGCAUUCCAAUGGCGGAGGUUUCCAUAUGGUCAUGAAAGAAUAUUGCAAAACGGCACCUCCUGGGUACAAAAGCAUGCCUGACUCUUUUGAUUGUGGGUGCAAAAGCAUACAUAUUCCUGAUGGGCUUGAGUCUUUUGUUUCUGAGCCAACUUGA